GUUCCCUUAUCUGUUUGUAAGCGACUCCGGAAACAUCGCCCACUGCGCCCACUGCGUCCACUUAGUCCACUGCGUCCACUCACGGAGGAGUAAAGAGAGAGAAUAACUAUGAGGAGAUUGACUUAGUGAAUUAGAAACGUGUGUGUAGAGACCAAGGUGGGAGAGGCCAUGCAGCCCCUGAGGGACGCUGAGCUUGGGGCUUUCACCUUCUUUGCCUCCCCUCUUCCUCACGAUGUGUGUGGCAGCAAUGGGCUCCCCCUGACCCCCAACUCCAUCAAGAUCCUGGGCCGCUUCCAGAUCCUCAAGACCAUCACCCACCCCAGACUGUGUCAGUAUGUGGACAUCUCUCGGGGCAAACAUGAAAGACUGGUUGUGGUGGCUGAGCACUAUGAACACAACCUCAAGGACCUUUUCAAGCAAGACAAACCAGUCAGCUCAGAGAAGGUGCUGCAGAUUGCUUAUGAGAUGUUGGAGGGACUGGCUUUUAUGAACAAACAUGGCCUGGUGCAUCGAGCCCUCAGCCCACAUAAUGUGCUUCUGGACUGCAAGGGCAAGGUUAAGCUGGCCAAAUUUGGUCUUUAUCAUAUGACAGAUCACGGAGCAGAUGUGGAUUUCCCUAUCGGGUAUCCUUCUUAUCUGCCUCCAGAGGUCAUUGCGCAGGGUUCGUUCCACUCCUCUGAAGGCUCUCUUGGGGAGCCCCCUCUGCCGUCCGGGCCUAAAGCGGAUGUGUGGUCUCUGGGGGUCCUGCUGUUUGAGCUGUGUGCUGGGAGGCAACUUCUUCAGAAUAUUGAGAUCAGUGAGAGAUUAAAGUUCAUUAUUACUUUAGGUUGUAUGGAUGACAUAGUCACUGUCCUUGCCGAAGAACAUGGAUGUCUGGACAUCAUUAAGGAGCUUCCGGAGAAUGUCAUGGCUUUAUUGAGGAAAUGCUUGACUUUUCUUCCUUCAAAAAGGCCCACCCCAGCAGAGCUGCUGGAGGACAUAGUGUUUGAGGGAGUGUCCUGCCUCUACACACCCUAUCAGAUUCCAGUCAGUCUGUUCUCCUCCUCGCUGCGCUGUGCCCACCUGGAGCUGCCUGAAGACAUCAAUGAACUCUGCAAAGUUGACGAGGAAGAUUACUUGUCUGAGAGAUCCGUGGAUGAGGUGUACCACCUGUGGUGUUUGGCAGGAGGAGACUUGGAGAAAGAACUGACCAACAAGGGCAUCAUACAGUCCAAACCUCCAGUCUGCACCCUGCCCAAUUUCAUUUUAGAAGAUGGAGAGUCUUUUGGCCAAAGCCGGGACCGCAGCUUCCUCCUGGAUGACACCACUGUGACACUCUCCCUUUGUCAGCUGAAAAAUAGGCUGAAGGAUGUGGCAGGGGAGGCAUACUACCCACUGCUGGAGGAUGAGCAGAGCAGCCUGCCCCAGUCCAACAGCAAUAACGAGCUGUCCGCUGCCGUCAGCCUGCCCCUCAUUAUCCGAGAGAGAGACACGGAGUACCAGCUCACGCGCAUCGUCCUCUUUGACAGGCUGCUCAAGGCAUAUCCAUACAAAAAGAACCAGAUAUGGAAGGAGGCCAGAGUCGACAUUCCCCCCCUGCUCCGAGGAUUGGCCUGGGCUGCUUUACUUGGAGUUGAGGGGGACAUUCAGGCAAAAUAUGACGGCAUCGACAAGGACACCCCCAUCCCUACAGACAGACAGAUCGAAGUGGACAUACCCCGCUGUCACCAGUAUGAUGAAUUGUUGUCCUCACCCCAGGGUCACAUAAAAUUCCGUAGGGUCCUGAAAGCCUGGGUGGUGUCUCAUCCAGACCUCGUCUACUGGCAGGGUUUGGAUUCACUGUGUGCCCCUUUUCUCUACCUGAAUUUCAACAACGAAGCACUCGCAUACGCCUGCAUGUCUGCCUUCAUUCCCAAAUACCUCUACAACUUUUUUCUGAAGGACAACUCGCAUGUCAUACAAGAGUACCUGACGGUCUUCUCUCAGAUGAUAGCCUUCCAUGACCCUGAGCUAAGCAACCACCUGAAUGAGAUCGGCUUCAUUCCAGACCUUUAUGCCAUCCCGUGGUUCCUAACAAUGUUCACUCAUGUGUUUCCCCUCCAUAAGAUCUUCCACCUGUGGGACACUCUACUGUUAGGGAACUCCUCUUUCCCGUUCUGUAUUGGAGUGGCAAUUCUGCAGCAGCUGCGUGACAGGCUUCUGGCCAACGGCUUCAAUGAAUGCAUCCUGCUCUUCUCUGAUCUGCCAGAGAUUGAUAUUGAACGCUGUGUCAGGGAAUCCAUCAACCUGUUCUGCUGGACCCCCAAGAGUGCUACAUAUCGCCAGCACGCCCAGCCGCCCAAACCUACAGGUGACAGCAGCAGCAGCUUUGGAAAAAACCCUGCCUACUACUCAGCAGAAUACCAGGACCUACCCAACACGGACCUGUCUCGUGAGCCACUAAAGCUGUCUGAGCUGAAGGCCGAGAUUUCCCCGCGUAUCUCUGCUGAGGAUCUGAUUGACCUGUGUGAGCUGACAGGCCCAGCGCAUUUUAAGACACCUGUAAAAAGGCCAAAGACGGUCAAAACCAAGAUUGUGGCAGUGGACAUCCGGAGUUCUGAGGACUUCAACCGUGGUCACAUCCCCGGCAGCAUUAAUGUCCCGUACAGCUCAGUGUUCGGGCCGGAUGGAGAGAUGCUCCAGAGCCCCGGGACCAACGCGCUGACCAGCUACAAAGGCCGGGUCAUUGUGGUGCUCAGCAACAUCAUGAAGAACGCUGCUACGUUUGCUGCCCACCUGGUGAAGGUGAAUUACCCUCGUGUAUGUGUCCUCGAUGGCGGCAUGAACAAGAUGAAGCCCACUGGUCUCCUUACUGUCCCCUCACCUCAGAUAUAAACUCUGCUAGAACUCUGCGUGUGUGUGUGUGUGUGUGUGUGUGUGUGUGUGUGUGUGUUUAAAAGCUCUGCUGCCUGACCCGAACCUAACAGUUUGUUUCACGUGCGACACUAGACUGGGUUUUUUUUUAAAUACUGAAUAAUUUUUUAAUGUAGUUUUUAAUGUAGUCUCUCCCUCUGUCUAUCUGCAUGUCUUUCUCACCUAAACUGUGUUAAGCAGUAGCCAGAGGAACUUUGGUGUUUAGUGUCUUCUAACAUGACGAGCUGAUCAGAGGAGGGUGGAUGGUGUUCUCUGUCAGUUACGACCAGCGGUUCCACAGAAAUAUACUGAUGAUAAAUACUCCUUAGUGUAUUACAGUGAAAUAUCAGUUUAUCUUAACAUUUUCUGUCUCUCAGUGAUAAAGCAAAGCACAGCAAAACCAUGUCUGUGAUAAUCCACCUGUUAGUGCUUGCGAGCGGGUUCGGGUUGGGUUUGGGUUUCAGAUUUAGCAGGACCACUCAGGCCUGGUUGAUUUGGGACUCAAAGUCAUAGGUUUGGGUCAGAUUUCAGCUUCAGUUUUGCGCCCAUGCAGACCUCUAGUGUGUAUGUAUCUGUGUGUGUGUGUGUGUGUGUGUGUGUGUUGGGGAGAAGUCAGUCCAAAGCUCCAUCUUUUCCUGUGUUUUUUUAUAAUGAUGUGAUGGAUGUUGCAUUUGAGAAAAAGCUUGAGUGAAUGCUUAAAUUCUUCAUUGCAGUCUGAAUUUUAUUGUAUUGUUUGGAAAAAAAAUGAUGGGCAUUCCCUAUCUUAAAGUUUCUGUUCUUGUCUUGAAGGAAAAUGUGAAUUUUUUUUCUAGUUUACUUUUUUGUGCCAAAGGAAAUGUGUGUGUGUGUGUGUGUGUGUGUGUGUGUGUGUGUGUGUGUGUGUGUGUGUGUGUGUGUGUACACGCAAAUGUGAGAAUGACAAAAGAUUCAGAGUAUGAUACUAGUUCAUGCUGCAUCCUCUAAAGUACUGCACGCUGUAAUUCUCUUAAUGAUCACCUCUGUCAUUGGAGAAUUCAGUUACUUUGCCACAUCCUGCUUUGAUGAUGAAAUAUGAAAAGAUUCAGAGCAGGUUUAGAUCUGUGAACUUGGCACCUUCAUCGUGCUGUUCAUUUUUUUGCUGUGGCUCUUGGAGUUGCACAGUAUUUUGUGUGUGUGGAUGGUGGCAAUUGAUCAUUCUUAGACAUCUCGUCCCUGUAGAACAAGCUACUCCCGUUGUAAGUGGGUGAGGGCUUUCGCUUCUCUUAUGGACCAACUUGUUUAACAUUAUUAAAAAGAUACUUUAAAUGAA